AAUAUUAAGCUAAAGUCACAAUCUCUAUAUAAGAAAUGCAUAAUGUAAGUUCCAAGCAGACAACACACAUCAGAAGAUCAAUCUAUCUAGAACAGUACUUGAAGUCAGAAGAGUAGAAUGCAUCCAAAGGCUUUGAAGAGUUCCAGUAACCCUUUGAAGCUGCGAAAAGGUGCAUGGGGUUCCGAUGAGGAUGCUCUUCUCAGAAAAUGCAUUGAGAAGUAUGGUGAAGGAAAGUGGCAUCUUGUCCCUCGGAGAGCAGGGUUGAAUAGGUGUCGAAAAAGCUGUAGACUGAGGUGGCUCAACUAUCUUCGACCAACGAUAAAGAGAGGAGACUUUGCUGCUGAUGAAGUGGAUCUCAUGAUGCGACUUCACAAGCUACUGGGAAACAGAUGGUCACUAAUUGCCGGAAGACUACCGGGAAGGACAGCCAAUGACGUGAAAAACUUCUGGAACACAAACGUUCAGAAAAAGCUUACAACUAGCAGCAACCAUGGACAGACCGAAGUGGUGAAAGCGCAAGAGGUUGUGAAUAAAAAUCAAACAAGUAACGCCGGAACUAGUGCUGCUACUACCCAUGUAGUUGUGAAGCCUCUUCCCCGGACCUUAUCAAAAGGGACAAGCGUACCCUGCUACAAUCCAAAUGCCAUAGGGCACAAGCUCUCUCCUUGGCCCGGGGGAAUGGUAUAUAAUAAAAUUAGCAGCAGCAACAACAAUAAUAAUAGUUGUAUGGCUAUGAACAAGACGUUAUCUCCGGCAGCAGCUCUGCCAGAUCAAGAUGGAACUGAGUGGUGGAAGAAUUUGUUUGCGGAAAUUGGGAUCCAGGGUCAAGAAGAAGGCUCAUUAGAGGGACAUUUAGUGGCAUCCUCAAGUGGUUCAGAAAAUCUAGAGGCUGAAAGAGGUCUGAUUCGGAAGAUGGAUGAAUCGUUCGCCCCAGCAACGGAAGCUGGCUUAGUAGGAGAUGAUGGCCGGAGUUGCUGGAGUGACAUUUGGGACCUUCUUAACUUGGAUUAUAGUUAAUUAAGUUGCAAUAAGAAUGCAUUUCUGAGCCAGGCUAAUAAGCAAUGAUUGUAAGUUAUAUCAAUUAUCCAGUCUAGUUAAGUUUGUUAAUAUGAAUAUCAAAGUUCUUCAUUGUA